UCCUGGCGAUAAAGAAAUAUCUGAUCCUAUUCCUUGCAGAGGGAGGCCAGUGAUGUAAUCACAGGUUUUAUUUUUAGGCAGUAAUGCAUAUUUUACAUCUAAUAAAUUCUUAACAGAAGAAUUUGUCAGCGGUGGAGAAGCUUAGACAUGUAUUCAGACGACUGUCUUUAGAAAAUAAAGUGGAGGAUUAUUUAGACAAGACAACAAAAAUAGAAUUACAGAAAAUAAAAUAAAGGCAACAUCAUUAUGAAAACAGAAGACAUUUAUGUGAUAUAGAACAAAGUGAUGACAGACAUGUUUAGUGUGGGUUUUGGCUUAGCAUUUAUUCAAGACAUAAUUCUAAUAAUAACGUCAUAAUAAGAUAAUGAAAAUAAAAUAGUGAUGUAAAACCUAACAGAAAUACUACCAACACUUAUAUUUCCACUGCCACAAAUAAUAAUAAUAAUAAUAAUCAUACUAAUAAUUGUGGCAAUAUUUAUUUAUUUGUUCUCAAUUUAUGAUGAUUAUUAUCAUUAUUAAAAUUAUUUUGUAAUUUUUGCAAUACUUCUCCUAAUUUCUGUCUGAAAUAUCAGAUCCUGGAUCUGGAGGGAAUGAUUUACUUUCAGCAACAAGAGGCACAGUGGAGGCAAAAACAUAGCAAUAGAUAGAAUACUGUAGAAUAAUGUAAAAAAAAAAAAAUCUGUGCAACAGCAGCAAAGUAACAGGCAAUAACAGCAAAUAGACUCACACAAAGAUAGAGUAUACAAUAUAUAAAACAGAAUUAAAAAUAUAAUACCAUACAUUAAGGUCAAAAUUUCAACAUAAAUACAGUGUAGUUAUGAAAAAAUACUGUGAAAGAUACAUUUCACAAUCUAAAGUAAUGUGAAAUGGAGAUAAUUAAAUAAAAAAAUAUAUAUAAAAUGCACAUUGAAAAGACAAUAUUUACAAUUAGUGCCAAUAAAAAAAGCUCUGCACCAAGAAAGUGGCAGAUGUGAAAGAAAUAUUACAAUCCAUCAAAGCUUGUUCUUCCCUCUCUUAAAUUUGUGCAGAAGAAAAACUGCAAAUUUCAGCAGCCCUCUGCACUGUGGAGAUGCCUCUGGUAAUAGGAGAUCUAUUGCUGGCUGGUGUGAACAGAGACAUGUUGAUUCAGGAGGCAGAAUGGAUGUGAAGAAUGAGAAACCUUAAAGAAACCUGAUGACAGCAGAUCACUGAUCCUUAUCCUUGUUUGCUACUGAUUUUUACUAACACACUAUAUAAAUCUAUAUAAAUAACAGUGUGACAUGAAAAUGCAGCAAAGUGAACAGAUUGCCAUUCCCUUUUACUCUUUAGGAAAAUGGACGGUAGUAAUGUUGAGGAUGAGGAAAACAUUGAACUGACAGAAGAUGGACAGCCGGUGACAUCAGCACCACUUCCUGCCCCCCUGCUGGACUGCAGCUGCGGCGGUCUGCCCAAGCGCUACAUCAUUGCCAUCCUCAGUGGCCUGGGCUUCUGCAUCUCCUUUGGCAUCCGAUGCAACCUGGGCGUGGCCAUUGUAGAGAUGGUGAACAACAACACAGUCUAUAUCAACGGGACGCGAGUGAUUCAGAAAGCUCAGUUUAACUGGGACCCAGAGACUGUGGGGCUGAUCCACGGGUCCUUCUUUUGGGGCUACAUCGUCACUCAGAUCCCAGGCGGAUUCAUCUCCAACAAGCUGUCUGCCAACAGGGUUUUUGGGGCUGCCAUUUUUCUAACAUCAGUGCUGAACAUGUUCAUCCCGUCAGCUGCCAGGGUGCACUAUGGCUGCGUCAUGUUUGUAAGCUUAUUGCAGGGGUUAGUGGAGGGGGUCACCUACCCAGCGUGUCACGGGAUGUGGUCCAAGUGGGCUCCGCCUCUCGAACGUAGUCGACUGGCGACCACAUCAUUCUGCGGUUCCUACGCCGGAGCGGUAAUCGCCAUGCCGUUAGCUGGAGUUCUGGUGCAGUAUGUCGGCUGGUCUUCAGUCUUUUAUCUUUAUGGCGUGUUUGGGAUCAUGUGGUAUGUCCUAUGGCUCCUCCUGGCUUAUGGGAGUCCUGCUCAACAUCCCACAAUCACACAGGAGGAGAAGAUGUACAUCGAGGCUGCCAUCGGCGAAACAGCCAACCAACUGAGCGCUACAGAGAAAUUCAAGACCCCAUGGCGUCGUUUCUUUACCUCCAUGCCGGUCUAUGCUAUCAUUGUGGCAAACUUCUGCCGCAGCUGGACCUUCUACCUGCUCCUUAUCAGCCAGCCGGCAUACUUUGAGGAAGUGUUUGGCUUCCCCAUCAGCAAGGUUAGGCUCUUUGACAGAGUUAUCAGUGUUAAAAGUAAAAAUUGUUCCUAUGCUUGCAUCAAGAAGUAUACAGGAGCCGUUCAUGACGUGUCAUUGGUUUGGAAAACUAUCAAAUUCUAAAGAGGGCUUAAGAUCUAGGGAGCAUCCCGACCAGAUUUCCAAUAUUUUUACUUUACCACCUUAAGUGAUGCUCCAGCAUGCAAGAAAAAAUAAAAUUAUAUGUCUAAAAAAAAAAUUCAAGACAAUUAUUUAUCUUAUUUAUUCACAAUCCCUUUCAAUCUUUUUACAUGGUAACCCAAAGUGGAUAUUUUGUCCCUUAAUACAUUUCCCAGAAUUUAGAAAUAGAUAAAUACCCCUUUAAAAAAAAAAGGUCUAAUACUUUUACAUUUGAUGUAAAAAUGAUCUCUGAGUCAAUAAAAUUGGUGUGCAAAGAUUUAAUGAAAUCAAAGUAAUAAUUAAAGAACAAAUAAAAUCCAGUAAGCAUUUCAAUGCCUUUUAAACACAUUUAAAUUCAAGAAAGAACAACAAAAAAUAGCAGAGACAGCAUUACUGCAUGACACCAAAAGCAGGAACAACAAUUACCCCUUUUUCUUUUUUUGUAUUUCCUUUCUGAAAAGAGAAGUUGGUAGGAUUCAGUUAGAAUGAUGUGAAGUGGAAGAAGUUUUUAUCAGCAGAAACAGUUCCAAGUUUUUGUCUGAGAACGUCGGCCAUUUUCCCCACGACAUAAAGACCUUUGUGUGACUCUUAGUAGAGAAUGCUGUUUGGUAGUGAAUCAGCGAGUUAUUCACUCCGUUGUCAGCAACAUGUGAACCACUGUGUCUGUGGGCAAACAAAUCCCCUUCCUGCACUGAUAGAUAUUUAUGUGGAAAUGUAGAAAGAGAAAAAUAAAUAUUCCUGAAAAAGGCCCAAAAAAAUCAAACUCACUUCAUCAAAAAUUUAUGUUCAACUUGGCAACGCUCAGCAACCAAAACACUUCGUUUGAAGGUUGUUUUUUUAUUUGUGUGUAUGGCGGAUUUCUAAUAAAAAAAAAAAAAUCUACUUUGUUGCUUCCUUCCUGGUUGUGCUACUGGUGAGUCCGGGGGUGGGUGGUGUUGGAGCCACAGUCUAUGUAGUGGAAAUCCUCCAGGCUGUUCUGGGACGUUCGCACCAUGUACGACGUUUUCACCGAGGUCCUGAAAACAGAGGCAAGCUUUUCAAUAAACGCCGUGAAGAGCAGGAUGUGGCCACAAGAUAUUUCAACACAGGUCACCAUGGUUACUGUAACAUGUAACAAGAUGCAGCUGCAGAUGGCACCUGCUCAAUAAUCAUAGAGGUUUAAAAACAAAAGAAAGAGAAAAAAAAUUAAAUACGACAACCGCUGCUGAGUUAAACAGACUUUUUCUCUCUAAAACUAAACUUUACUUACAUGACUUUAUCUUAUUGUCCUUGCAAUAUUUUUGUAUUGGCCAUUGACAACUUCUGACUGAGUUAGAUUAAACUGUUACAGUGUAGAAGUAAAGGUUUGACCUGCAACAUUUGGAGCGUCAUAGCAAGUUUGCAAAGCCAAGCAUGCCACAACUCAAUACGUUUUAAAAUGCCCUAAACUUCUACAGAAGAAUUUAUUUUAUAAAACUGGAGAAGUGGCCAUGAAAUAAAUGUAUUUCUAAUAAAAAAAAAAAAUUAACUAUAUUUAAAUGACAUCACACAUAUUUUACUUCAGAAUUUCCCCCAGAAAACUUGUUAAGUCUGGUGUGUGGGUCAUCCAGCAGUCCACCGUGUUUUGGAGUUAAAGGAAAUGUCUAAAGUUGAAAGGAAAUUUGAAAAUAUUAUUAGUUAAUCAUGUACAUUUUCAGCACCAACUGCAAUGUCUUAAAAAAGGUAAACACUAAAAAGACCUAAAAUAAAUAAAUAAACGAUCCUUAACCUGGUGGGGAUGCAAGCAAAAUAAUAAAUACAGUGUGAUGGUGAUGCAGCUCAGUGGUGCCCAAAGUGGGUCCUGGAGAACCGGCAUCCUGUAUGUUCUAGUUCUCUCCCUGGUGGCACCAACAACCUUCUCAGCAGGUCAAAGUUCUUCUCAGGCCUCUAACAAUCCAUCAUUAGAGCAAGAGGACUAGAACAUGCAGGAUGCCGGCCCUCCAGGACCCACUUUGACCACCACAGGGGGGCCAAUGCUCCGUAGAAAUAGUGGUUGGUCUUGUGAAGGGUUUGGAUGAUUUCACCAUGCAUUUUAUUUAAAUUCUAAUUUGAACCACAAGUUUCAGUACUUUAUUGAGAUCUCUGAAACAUCCUAAGUAUCACGUAUUUAUCAGCUGGUUCUACUCAGCAUUUGUGUGUAAAUCUUACUGACAAACAGCCAUGAAGCAUCAGGAUUAGUAGAAAGAUAAGACUGAGUGACACAACAGUUAACUCUGAUAGUUAACCCUGAUAUCAUUAUUAUCAUCAGUGUUAAUAAGGUUACAGCUGAAGGCACCAUGCCAGGUGAAAGGUCAAAACUAAUCCUAUGACAGACUUCACUUCAACAUCCAAAAGAGAUUAACAUUUAUAAAACACCAACCCAGGGUCUAGCGUCAUGUUUUACAGCUGAUUU